AUGCUCGAAAUAAUCAGUACAACCAACGCCACUGCGGAGAUGACACUGUUGGAUAUGUUGGGCAAAUUGGACAACUUCCAGAAAAUGAAGUCACAUUUGGACGUGAAAACCAAUCUUUUCCAGAAACGGGAUCUGAAUACG